AAAUACAAUAAUUAUCUCCUUUAUGAAGUGUGUUAUAAGUGUGUCGUCCGUAAUGAUUUAGACAGUUUGAAAAGUGAAUUGUUUUUGAAAUCGACAUAAUAGUUUAACGAAUUUUUAUAAAUAAAUAUUUAAAGAUGGGUGGUUCGCAAUCUGCUUUAAAUUUUGGCGCAGGUCCUGCCAAAUUACCUCGAGAGGUUCUACAAGAAGUACAAGGAGAAUUUCUUUCUUAUAAAAAUUCAGGAAUGAGUUUAAUUGAAAUGAGUCACAGAGGAAAAGAAUAUUCAAAAAUUAAUACUGAUGCACAAGCAAUCAUCAGAGAACUUCUGGAUGUUCCAAACAACUAUAAGGUUUUGUUCAUGCAAGGAGGCGGUUGUGGUGCUUUUGCUGCAGUUGCUCUGAAUCUAUUGAAUAGAACUGGAACCGCUGACUAUGCUGUAACUGGAACAUGGUCUGGAAAAGCCGCCAAGGAAGCAACGAAAUACGGGGAUGUUAAAUUAGUUUUUCCAAAAGCAGACAAACCAGGAAGUAUACCAGAUCAAAGUGAAUGGAAACUCAAUCCGAAUGCAUCAUACCUAUACUACUGUGAUAAUGAAACUGUCGAUGGUGUUGAAUUUCAUUAUAUUCCAGAAUCAAAUGGUGUUCCCUUAGUUUGUGAUAUGUCUUCCAGUAUAAUGACUAAGAAAAUUGAUAUAUCAAAAUUUGGUUGUAUAAUUGCCGGAGCCCAAAAGAACAUAGGACCUGCCGGAGUAGUUGUUGUUAUUAUACGUGAAGAUUUGUUAGGUGAUCCAAUGAAAUGUUGUCCUUCAGUAUUUGAUUUUACACACAUCGCCAAAGAAAAUUCUGUACAUAAUACACCAGCUACAUUUUCUGUAUAUGUAAUGGAACGGGUUCUCCAAUGGAUUAAGAGAAAUGGAGGUGUAAGUGCUAUGGAAAACCAAGCCAAGGAAAAGAGCAGCCUCCUCUAUGACACCAUGGUGAAAUCCCAUGGGUUCUACACUUGCCCAAUUGAUGAAAACGUCAGGAGUAGAAUGAAUGUACCUUUCAGAAUAGGUGGAGGAAACGAAAAAUUAGAAGAAUUAUUUUUAGUUAAAGCUGAGGAAUACAAUAUGCAUCAACUCAAAGGACACAGAUCAGUUGGAGGAAUUAGAGCAAGUUUAUACAAUGCAGUCACUUUAGAUGAUGUAAAAAGCUUGAUUAAAUUUAUGGAAGGGUUCCAAAAAGAGCACGGUCCUAAGUGAUAUUUUUUAUAAAUAAAAUAAAUAGUA